CCGCCUCCUCUCCUGCGAUCGCAAGGCGCCGCCGACUCCUCCCGGUCGGCCACAAAACGCAUGGCGCCGCCGACUCCUCCCGGUCGGCCACCGCCUCCGCCGAGCGAGGCAGCCGACAUCGCGCAAUCCGUUUGCAAGCUGGCGCACGCGAAAGGGUACACCGACUUGGAGCUGGCGUGCGAGGAUUUCUGGCCUAUUUCGCCGCCUGACCCACCGCCGAGCCCGUCGCCUCCGGCCCCUCCGCCACCCCCCUCGCCGCCACCCUUGCCGCCGCUGCUGCCGCAACCUCCGGCGCCGCCGCCUCUGCCGUCGGCCCCGCCGCUCCAGCCGCCCCCUCCGCCGGCUUUCGGCAUUGCCCCACAUGAUACGCUACCGGGCGGGUUCUACGUCCCCGCAGCCGCGCUGGCCGGCACCCUCCUCACCACGGCCCUCGCGCUCUCCCUGCUGCGCGGCCACGCCAAGCCCUCCCUCCUCACGGCGGCCUGCGUUGUCACCGCCUCGCUCCAACUCGUCGCCGACUCGUUGCUCGCGGCAGAGGCGUGGACCCGCUCCACCGACCCCAUCUACGACCCCGAGACGAACGCCCUGAUCGACGGCGCGGCCGUCCCCCCGACCGACGAGGUCAUGUACGCGGCGGGGCGAGGCGACGAGACGGCGGUGCUGGCGUGGCUCGACGGCGGCGGAGGCGUCAACGCGCCCUACCAGGACGCCGACGCAAGCGGCUGGACCCUCCUCAUGACUGCCGGGAAUCACGGCCACGAGCCGCUCGCAA